CGCAUCUGAAGAGCUGAACAAAAAGAGGAGAGAGAAAGAGGCGGAGGAGAGAGAAAGAGAGAUUUCGAAUUCUCUCUCUCCCUCGUUCUCGUUAUAAUAAAGCCCUCUAUUUGGAGUUCGAUUAGGGUUUUGACUUCGUCUCUUCGUUCUCUUAGUUUAAGGUCUGAGUCUAUCUUUGCUAUUAAUUAAUGGCAUCGGGUAGCACAUAUUUGGAUGAUGUAAGAAUGAGUCCUGAGGUUGUUGAUCCUCCGAGAAUUGAAGAUACUACCGAAGUUAUUGACCUUAUAGGAGACCAUAUUCAACAUUCACCCAAAUCUAAUGUGGUUGUUGCCAGCAAUGUUCGUGAACUACUGGAAUGUCCUGUUUGCUUAAAUGCGAUGUACCCGCCCAUCCAUCAGUGUUCAAAUGGCCACACACUGUGUUCUGGUUGCAAGCCAAGGGUACACAACCGUUGUCCCACGUGCAGGCACGAAUUGGGCAACAUUAGAUGUCUUGCUCUGGAAAAGGUUGCUGCUUCUUUGGAAUUGCCUUGCAAAUACCAGAACUUUGGUUGUAUUGGUAUUUAUCCAUAUUACUCCAAGUUGAAGCAUGAAGCACAAUGCAUAUAUCGGCCGUAUAAUUGUCCCUAUGCUGGCUCUGAGUGCACUGUUGUAGGCGACGUUCCUUAUUUGGUGACUCACCUGAAAGAUGAUCACAAGGUCGACAUGCACAAUGGGAGCACCUUCAACCACAGAUAUGUCAAGUCAAAUCCACAUGAAGUAGAGAAUGCAACAUGGAUGCUUACGGUUUUCAGUUGCUUUGGACAGUAUUUUUGCUUACACUUUGAGGCAUUUCAGCUUGGCAUGGCUCCUGUCUACAUAGCAUUUUUGAGAUUCAUGGGAGACGAUAGCGAGGCUAAAAACUACAGCUACAGUUUAGAGGUCGGAGCCAAUGGGCGCAAAUUGAUAUGGCAAGGGGUUCCUAGAAGCAUAAGAGAUAGCCACAGGAAAGUUCGUGAUAGUUAUGAUGGUCUCGUUAUUCAACGGAAUAUUGGGCUUUUCUUUUCUGGUGGAGAUCGGAAGGAGCUGAAGCUUAGGGUCACUGGUAGAAUUUGGAAGGAACAAUGAGAAAGGAACUAGAAGUUUGCUUAUUUUAUGUAGUAUAUGUUUGGUUGUGUACCCUUUUUCAUUUUGAUGUUAGGGUUCAGGGAUAAUGUAGUGAGUUGGGUGUUUAGAGGCAAAUUUCUCUUUGCUUCUACUGUUGAAUGGAAAUGGGGAAUCUUUGCUAUAUAUUUUAUCCUCCUGGCUCCUGUGUUGUAUUUUUGAUUAUCUACUGUUUUCCGCUUUGCGGUUAGGGGUUUACUGACAAUGUAAUGAGUUGGGUUUUCAGAGGCAAAUUCCUCUUUGCUUUGUAGUGCAGCAUAUAAAUGAAAGAUCACUGCUAUGUAUGUGUA